AUGAUUGAGCCCUUCUUGGGAACUUGGAAACUGGAAUCCAGUGAACACUUUGAGGAAUACUUGGAACAACUGGGAGUGCCCAUUACAGUCCGGCACCUGGCAGCAUUGGAGAAGCCGACCAUCAACAUCAGUGCUCAUGGGGACAAGGUGAGCAUCAAGACACAAACCUCUUUCAAGAACUUUGAGAUUGUCUUCAAGCUGGGGGAAGAGUUUGAUGAAACCACGGCAGACAACCGGAAAGUAAAGAGCAUCCUAACAUUGGCUGGCAACUCACUGGUCCAUGUCCAGAAAUGGCUUGGCAAAGAGACCACAAUCAAAAGACAAAUUGUCGGUGGAAAAAUGGUGGCGACACACACCAUGAACAGCGUCAUCAGCACACGGGUCUUCACAAAGGUUUGA